UCCACAUUUGCUGGCAAGGUGGCCUUUGGGGGCAAGAACAUCACUGGGUGGGUGAGUGGGCAAAAUGUUUUUGUUUAAACAUUUUGCUUCAUUAUAUAGUUGGAACUUUCAUUUUAAAUUCUAGUCUAAGCUGGGCCCCUUUCCAAAGGCACCUACUGAAGGACAGAGCAGCAACAAAAGAGACAAACACAGAGGGUUGAAGGAUGCUGAGGAAGGGUGAAGCUAUCAGGGGUUACACUGGUGCUGCACUUGAAUUAAACAAGGGGCCACAGCUGGAGACAACAUGCCUUGAAAAAACAGAAGGUGUUACUGUGAGUAAAGACUAUGGCACAGGCCUCCUUGAAAAUCAGCUCUGUGUGGAGGAUUUCAUGAAGAUACAACAGGUCUUUGAGUCCCAAGAUCCAAGACAAACCAUUUGUAUGGCCAGGGAAGAAUUCAUACAGAAGAUGACAGACACUGUGGGUUGGGGCACAGAGGAAGAAUUUGGAGAACUCUUUGACAAAGUGGAUGUGGCUCGGGAUGGCUUUGUUGACUGGGACAAGCUGAUUUCAUUUGUACUGCUAUCGCUUUAUGAGAGAGAGGAACAGACAAAGGCAACAGUGGUUCCCCAAUGGAAGGAUCUUGAAUUCCUCCCAGGAAAGCACAAGGACACCAUUCAGAAAGUAGUUUACUUAAAGAAUUCAAGUCGUUAUUUGACCAUUAGCAAGGAAGGCUUACUAGGAAUCUGGGGAGAGAACUUGAAGUUGCAGGAAUCACUUCCUAUCACGUCAGAUGCUACCAAACUCAAACACCUCUGGGUGACAAGUUUGGUUUCUCUGGAAAAUGUUAACAAGAUUGCAGUGGCUUUUACAAGCAAAGAGAUUUGUUUCUAUGAUCUACUGUCCAAAGAAGAAUUUCCUUGUCAGUACAAACUGCAAGGCCUGAGAGGAACUCCCAUAUGCAUGGAUUACUGGCAUAAUCCUCUUGAUCCCAAAGAAUCCAUCCUUUCUUUUGGGGAUAUAACUGGAAAGGUUCAAGCGAUUGUUUUCACGGCAGCCAUGAUUUCCCUUUUUGAACGGCCUGCUAAUGCCUGUGAUGAUGAAGAAGCAACAAUGACCAUUGACUGGGCAGGGCUGCUCUCUGGAUGUCACAAAUGUUGUCACAUAUUACAACACACACUUCAUCGUGGAGACUGGGUCAGGCAAGUUACUUACAGUGCCUCUUUGGAUGCUUUCAUCUCCAGUACAACCAGCAGUACCAAUACUGUGGUGCUGGCUUGGAGAGAGAAGUCAAGAAACCUCCUUAAAAUGACAUCUUUCCACAUUGCCCAGGGCAUUCAUGCUUUUGAUUACCACUCUCGGCUCAAUUUAAUUGCAACGGCCGGCAUUGACAACAAAGUUUGCCUAUGGAAUCCUUAUGUCCUCUCUAAGCCAGUUGGUGUGCUCUGGGGUCACUCAGCUAGUGUCAUAGCAGUCCAGUUCUUUGCUGAGAGGAAACAGCUUUUUAGCUUUUCCAGAGACAAAAUUCUGAGACUCUGGGAUAUUCAACACCAACUUUCCAUUCAAAGGAUAGCUUGUUCUUUCCCGAAAAGUCAAGACUUCAGGUGCCUUUUCCAGUUUGAUGAAACCCAUGGACGGCUUUUUAUCUCCUUCAAUAAUCAGCUUGCCUUGUUAGCCAUGAAAAAUGAAGCCAGCAAGAGGGUGAAGAGCCAUGCGAAAGGGGUCACAUGUGUCCUUUACAAUUCCCUCCUGAAGCAGGUAAUCAGCUCUGAUGUGGGGUCUACUGUUUCCUUCUGGAUGAUAGAAACUGGGCAGAAAAUCAAACAGUUUUCUGGUUGCCAUGGCAAUGCAGAGAUCAGCACCAUGGCCCUGGAUGCAAAUGAGUCGAGGCUUUUGACUGGCAGCACAGAUGGGACUGUAAAGGUGUGGGACUUUAAUGGAUAUUGUCACCACACCCUAAAUGCUGGGCAAGAUGGAGUUGUGGAUAUUUCACAGAUCCUGGUUCUUAAGAAGAGUAUCCUGGUUGUAGGCUGGGAGAGGUAUGAUAUAGCCUCUUGGAAAUGGAAUGGGAAAGCAGUUACUGUGUUUCGACCCCAGAACUUCAAUCAGUUUUCCAUCCAGUCUGAAGAGUGGAAAGGGGGAAUCCAUCAUCAAGAUGACAUCUUGUGUGCCGCAUUUUUACCCCCGCAAACUCUUGCUACAGGUAGCUAUGAUGGAGAAAUUGUUCUGUGGAAUAGCAGCACAGAAAAUGCUCACCAUGUCCUUCACCCUGAUUACCAGAGGCAGUUAACAUCCAAAUUAGACCCAGAAACCCAAAAGCUUAAUACCAAGAGGAGCUGCUCAGCUCACUGCUUGGCACAGCAGGCCACCCUUGCUACCCAAAAUUUUGAGAGUGACACAGAAGGUAAUAAUGCUGUUAUGAAGCUUUGCUUCCUUGAAGCAAGAAAGAACAAUACAGUAACAGGAGGUGCCAACCUGGUGUCAUGUGGAGCAUCUGGUUAUGUCAGGUUCUGGGACACAUUCAAGAAAGAACUUCUGGCUGAAUUUUUGGCUCAUGCUGGAGUUGGAUCCAUUAUUAUGUCUACUGAUAAACAAAAUCAAUACCUUGCCACUGGAGAUCCUGAUGGAUGGUUGAAAAUCUGGAACAUAGAGGACUAUUGUACUAAUUCCACUGAGAACAAAAUCACCCAGUCUCCACCUUUGCUCAGAUCAUUUCAACCUCAUGAGGAUCGGAUAAGUUCCUUGCAGAUGUGUGAGCCAGGUGGUCAUUUGAUUAUCAUUUCCUCCUCUGCAGACUGCAGUAUCUGCGUGACUGGACUUUGCAAUGCCCCAUCCUUAAUCUUUGGUCAGGCAGGCCAUUGGGAUAUUGAAAGUUAUUUUUCUCUUCCUAAACGAGAUAGUAGUUUAAUAGAAAAUAAGAGUCAAGAAGAAAGCAUGAAAAUAAAUUCUUUAUUUUCUAAAAAGGAGUCAUGCUCAACAGAAGAUUCUCUACUUGCUGAAAAAAACAAAGAUAUUUCAACACACAUGGUCAGAUCAUCAGAAGAAAUAAAUUUCAGUCAGGAAUAUAAGAAGAGAAAUAUCUAUAAGAAAAAAACACAUAAACCUUGCCAUCGUGAAAUUAUACAAAAAUCAGCCGGCAUCUUUAGGUCCUUAAGCCUUAGAAUGUUGAACGAGCUGCCUGAAGUGAAGCAACCUGAAUUCCUUUUAAACCCUGACAAAUACUUUAAGGAAGAGCCAGAGGAAGAUGAGCCCCAAAUUCCGGAGCUUCCUUUGCUCUCUGAAACUUUGAAAGCUGUAUUUGAUGAGAAAAACCUGUUCCCCAAAGGAAUUCUUGAUCAUGAAAGACAAGACAAGCAACUGUGUCAAGAAACAAGUGGUGAAGUGAAGAUAAAAAGAAAUAAGAAGCAAUUAUGAUCAAACAAAAAACAAACACACCACGGUGACAGGGAACACUUCCAUAAAAUGCCAAGAAGCAUCCAGAUUCCUUUUCUCCAUUACUUUCCACGUAAAUGUCAAGACACUUUGUCUUCAGACUAUGUGUUUGUUCUCUUUGUACUCAGAAUCGUCCCUUUGUCUGUAUAAUCUAAGAAGGGAUAUAGGAAAGAUUGGUUUAAUGUGGAGGAAUGAUGAUUGGUUCUUAUCUAUUUCAGAAGAAAGUAUUCUACCUAGGUGCCCCUGCAAUUGCCCCUGUAGCCAAACAUUUACAAUGUGUUUUAUUAUAAAAUCUUUAUUAGUAUAUAUAAAAGACUAACAAAUUCAUUAAAAAUCAUUUAAAAUUUGUCUAUUUUAAUGUUCUCCCUCAUUAUAAUGUGUUGAUCUUUAACAAUUUUGAUAAUGACAAUUAG